CUUCCUGCCUUAGUGUGUACUUUCACUAAUGAAGCCUGCCUUCGCCAAAGGAGCACCAGUGUGAGCAAGGAUGGAGACAUGGUGAUUGGGUGUUUCUUGUCUCUUUAUUUCUAUAUCUACUAUACUGCAAUCUUUGAUAUAAAGCCUACUAGAGAAUUCUAUUACUUUCCGCUGACGCCCAGCAACUACCAGAACUACCUGGCCUUCGCUUUUGCCAUAGAAGAGAUCAAUAGGAAUCCUCAUCUUUUACCCAACAUUUCUCUGGGCUAUGAGUUCCACAAUUUCAUUAGCUGUCAUUGGAUGAUGCUAGAAAGUUCCUUCAUUUUGCUCACAGGACAACACGAGAUCCCUAAUUACACAUGUGAGAGAGGAAGCAAGUGUGCAGCAGUACUGACAGAAAUGUCAUGGGGUACCUCGGGUCAGAUCGGAUCACUGCUGGACCUCUACAGAUUUCCCCAGGUCACCUUUGGCUCAUUUGAUGCUACACUGACUGACAGUGGCCAGUAUCCUUCUCUCUAUCAAGUGGCCCCAAGGGACACGUAUUUGGCCCUUGGUAUGGUGUCCUUGAUGCUUCAUUUCCACUGGACCUGGGUGGGCCUGCUCAUCACAGAAGGCCAGAAGGGUCUUCAGUUUCUCUCAGAUAUAAGGGCUGAGAUGGACAGGAACAGAGUCUGUGUAGCCUUUGUGAAAAUGAUCUCAACUGCGGCUGUGUCAUAUGUCUCAUUUACAAAGCAGCAUGAUGUCCUCACUGCUGAUACUGCAUUAGCCAAUGUGGUGGUCAUUUACUAUGAUACUGAUAGUACACAUGAUGUAAACUACAACAUAGUGCAAGACUCAGUGACGUGGAAAAUCUGGGUGACAAACUCACGAUGGCAUGCUGACCUUUCUGGGAGAGAUUUCAUACUUGACCCCUUCCAUGGGACUCUUGUUUUUUCACAUCACCAUGAACAGAUUUCAGGUUUCAAAAACUUUGUCCAGGAAGCUACCCCUUUCAAAUAUCCAGAAGACACUUACCUUUUUGUGUAUUGGUCCAAAAAUUUUGAUUGCUCCUUUUCUGACUGUGCCUUGAAGGACUGCACACCUAAUGCCUCUGUGGCUUGGUUGCCUCUGAAUCGUUUUGACACAGGCAUGAGUGAUGGGAGCUACAAUAUAUACAAUGCUGUGUACGCUGUGGCCCACGCCCUCCAUGCGAUGCUUUUGGAAGAAGUACAAAGGCCGCCAGUGAGAAAUGGACAAGUGAUGCUGUUUCACCCCUGGCAGCUGCAUCGCUUUCUGAAGAACAUCCAAUUUCACAAUCCUGCUGGAGACCAAGUGAACUUGGACGACAGAAGGAAACUGGAUUCAGAAUAUGACAUUCGCAAUUUUUGGAAUUUUCCAGAAGGCCUUAGACUGAAGGGUAAAGUAGGAACAUUUUCUACACAUGCUCCCUGUGGCCAAAAACUGACUUUAUCUGAGGAUAUGAUAGAGUGGGCCACAGGAACUGCAGAGACUCCCCGCUCAGUAUGCAGUGAGAGUUGCAAUCCUGGAUUUAGAAAAAGCCCUCAGGAGGGAAAGGCUGCCUGCUGUUUUGACUGCACCCCUUGUGCAGACAAUGAGAUCACCAAUGGCACAGAUUUCAGGGAAAUCAGGCUUGCUUCUGAGAUGGCGUUGGAUGGCAGAGCCAGAGGACCUGGGAAAGCAGAUAGCUCACCCAGUUUUCCUGAGGGCAAGGCCCCUCCUGUGCUGGUGGCAGGGUUGGUGCCAGAGGAUCUGGGCUCCCAGGCAGCAGGGGACAUGCCUGUGAACUGGCAUUUCUACAUAGGGGCACAGAGGAGUGCUAUGCCCAGUGAAGGCGCAGCAGAUCCACCGAGGACAAGAGCUUUGUCUCCUCAAGAUGCAGCAGAAGAAGUUACAGCAUAUCUUCAAUGCAACUUGGGAGUCUGGGGUGGGCAGGAAAUAGCCACUGUCUUCAGUGGUGUUGACAAAGGAGUGCUUACAACCAGCAACUACCAGAACUACCUGGCCUUCGCUUUUGCCAUAGAAGAGAUCAACAGGAAUCCUCGACUUUUACCCAACAUUUCUCUGGGCUAUGAGUUCCACAAUUUCAUUAGCCGUCAUUGGAUGAUGCUAGAAAAUUCCUUCAUUUUGCUCACAGGACAACACGAAAUCCCUAAUUAUAUGUGUGGGAGACAAAGUAAGUGUGCAGCAGUACUGACAGAAAUGUCAUGGGGCACCUCUGGUCAGAUCGGACCACUGCUGGAACUCUACAGAUUUCCCCAGGUUACCUUUGGCUCAUUUGAUCCUACACUGACUGACAGUGGCCAGUAUCCUUCUGUCCAUCAGGUGGCCCCAAAAGACACGUAUUUGGCCCUUGGUAUGGUGUCCUUGAUGCUUCAUUUCCGCUGGACCUGGGUGGGCCUGCUCAUCACAGAAGGCCACAAGGGUCUUCAGUUUCUCGCAGAUGUAAGAGCCGAGAUGGACAGGAACAGAGUCUGUGUAGCCUUUGUGAAAAUGACCUCAACUGGGGCUGUCUCAUAUGUCUCAUUUACAAAGCAGCAUGAUGUCCUGACUGCCGAUACUGCAUCAGCCAAUGUGGUGGUUAUUUACUAUGAUACUGAUAGUACACAUGAUGUAAACUACAUCAUAGUGCAAGACUUAGUGACAUGGAAAGUCUGGGUGACCAACUCACGAUGGCAGGCUGACCUGUCUGGGAGAGAUUUCAUACUUGACCCUUUCCAUGGGAUGCUUGUUUUUUCACAUCACCACAAAGAAAUCUCAGGUUUCAAAAAUUUUGUCCAGGAAGCUACCCCUUACAAAUAUCCAAAAGACACUUAUCUUUUUAUGUAUUGGUCCAAGAAUUUCGGUUGCUCAUUCUCUGAGUCUGACUGCGCCUUGAAGAACUGUACACCUAAUGCCUCCCUGGCUUGGUUGCCUCCAAAUCGUUUUGACACAGUCAUGAGUGAUGUGAGCUACAAUAUAUACAAUGCUGUGUAUGCUGUGGCCCAUGCCCUUCAUGCGAUGCUUUUGGAAGAAGUACAAAUUCCACUAAGGAGAAAUAGAGCAGUGAUGUUGUUUCGCUACUGGAAGCUGCAUCGCUCUCUGAGGAACAUCCAAUUUUGCAAUCCUGCUGGAGACCAAGUGAACUUGGAUGACAGAAGGAAACUGGACUCAGAGUAUGACAUUCUCAAUUUUUGGAAUUUUCCAGAAGGCCUUAGACUGAAGGGUAAAGUAGGAACAUUUACUUCACAUGCUCCCCUUGGCCACAAAAUGACUUUAUCUGAGGAUAUGAUAGAGUGGGCCACAGGAAGUACAGAGACUCCCCGCUCGGUAUGCAGUGAGAGUUGCACUCCUGGAUUUAGAAGAAGCCCUCAGGAGGGAAAGGCUGCCUGUUGUUUCGAUUGCAUCCCUUGUGCAGACAAUGAGAUCACCAAUGACACAGAUAUGGAGCAGUGUGUGAAAUGUCCAGAUCACCAGUAUGCCAACACUCAGAGAAACCACUGCCUGCAAAAAGCUGUGACUUUUCUGGCUUAUGAAGAUCCCUUGGGGAAGGCUCUGGCUGGCACCGCCCUUAGUCUCACUGUCCUCACAGCUGCUGUCCUUGGGCUCUUUGUGAAGCACCGACACACUCCCAUCGUCAAGGCCAACAACCGGGAUCUCAGCUACACCCUGCUCAUCUCCCUCACCUGCUGUUUCCUCUGCUCCUUGCUCUUCAUUGGCCGGCCCAGCACAGCCACCUGCAUCCUGCAGCAGACCACAUUUGCAGUCGUGUUCACUGUGGCUGUUUCCUCUGUCUUGGCCAAAACCAUUACUGUGGUGCUGGCCUUUAAGGUCACUGCUCCAGGCAGAAGGAUGAGGCAGUUGCUGGUAUCAGGGGCUCCUAACUCCAUCAUCCCUAUCUGCUCCCUGAUCCAACUCACUCUCUAUGUGGACGUGGAAACCCAGGGAUAUAAGGUGUGUUUCAAGGGUUCUGACUCAGAGAGCCUGGCCGCAAGCCUGACCAACUUCGUCCCUCCAGGUCAUGGUGUCCUCUCCAGUCCUCAGGACUCCCUCCCCACACUGCUGCCCAGAGGUGUGAAACAGGGCAGCCGAGUGGACCCUGGGCUCUGCUGUCACUGCCUGUGCCCUCAGGAAGAGGCCCCCUACUCUGGGUUUGGAGUCUGCCCCGAGUGA